AUGAAAACACGCCUUAAAGCAAAGCAAGAAUAUUCAGCUAUAGAUGUUUGCAUACUAAAGCAAGAGCUGGAUACAUCAGAUACUACGGCUCAUCUCAAACAAGAGCCACAUUUCAGAAAUCAUGCAGUUGCCAUUGACACUCCAAAACAAGAAUUUCAGCAGCCAGACAUGAUCAGAGUAAAGACGGAAUUAAGCUACGAAGAUGUCAAGAUGGCAGAUGAUUCAGACAGUGGCAUGAGCAAUUCAACUACAUCUGACAUUGUAAAGCAAGAAGCCAUGAGAAUGAGUCCGUCUCUAGAAUUAGACACAAAAUCACAUCAGGCUGAAAUUAGAAGCGCGUCCCUCCGCAUUGAGGCGAAACAGAAGGAAUCAGAUAGCCAGAUCGAACGAGCAAUUGUCUUAGAAAGGCCUACCGCAUCAUCUACAAACGAUUUAGCCAAGGCAUUCGAGAAAAGUGGCCGUGAUUACUUUUACCAGUGCCAUCUUUGCACAGAGUUAAAGACAACUUUGCUGGAUUUGCUGGAUCACCACAGCAAAAUACACAGAUUCACAUACCGUAGCAGGACCUACAAGCACCUUGAGCUCGAGCCAAAUCCACAGGACCCAAAUUUCUAUUGCAGAGUCUGCGAAACGACGUAUCCCUCCAUCAACAUGUUCAAGAAGCAUUUUCGAUUGGUUCAUUAUAUGAUCACCAAAACAACGCGAUCACCACCCACAAUUACACCUCUUCAAGCCAUCAAGAUAGAGAAAGAGAUUGUCGUGCCUGACCGUGAUGAUCCCAGCAACUACUGCAGAGCAUGCAAGAAAUUCUAUGUAAACCAGCAUCGAUACCGCUCACAUCUAGCCAAGUUUCAUGACAUGCCAAAGUUUGGUAAAAAGCAAGGCGUACUGCCAGACAUCUUUGACCCCAACUUUUACUGCAGAUCAUGCGAACGCGGUCUAAGCACCAAAGCUAGAUUUAAAAAACACUGCUUGCGAUGGCACAACGUGGUUGUACCUGAUGAGAAGGACCUGCCAAAUGUUCAUGAUCCCACAUUCCAUUGCAAACCAUGCGACAAGACAUUUGGGGAUAAAGACACGUUUUGGCAGCAUUGUCGCGAAACGCAUCUCAUCACGAAUUUCAAAGAAAAGGGGCUUAAACCAUUCUGCAACAAUUGCAACCGAUCGUAUGCCAGUGAAUUUCGAUACAAGCGACACAGACGGCUGGUUCAUGGAGAGACGUUUCCUUUCAUAACGACACGAACACCCAAGCUAGUGAGUGACCUACCGCCCGAUAUAAACGAUCCUAAUCAUUACUGCCGUGCGUGCGACAAGAAACUGGCUUGCAGGGCAGGCUUCCGCACACAUUUAGCUGUUUUUCACGACAUAUUUUUGCCUGUCAAAAAAUUCAAACAUCCCUCAGCCAGACCAAAAAAAAAGCCAUUUCAGAAAAACGACAGAAAGUACCAUUGUCUCAUUUGCGACAAUGCAUAUCCCACCACGAUCAAGUACCGUGAACAUUUAGAGCUCAUACACCAUGUCCAAGGCGCGGCCUCCGAGAUUAGAGCACAUGUCCCUUCUUAUCUGCCUGACCCUGACGAUCCUAACUUACAUUGCCGUACAUGUGGUAAGACAAAGUCGACAUUGGAACGCUAUCGUAAACAUUUGAAAAACAUUCACCAUAUGAUUCUGCCGAAGCUCCAACGAAACAAAACGCUGCAUCAUGCACAUUCUUCUGAUGAGGGCUCUGCUGCAACCCCACCGUCGCCCAGGAAGUCAUUCACUGUUCACAAGUGUCCAGUGUGUAGUAAACGGGUAAAGUCUGAACGACGAUUUGCUUAUCAUCUAAAAUCUGCGCACAAAGAAUUGAUCGAUACUCAAGAUGUAGCCAUACCAGAUGCGCCACAGGUGGAUGCUGGAAGCUCGAAUUGCAGUGCAUGCGGUGCCAAUUUUGAGAAUGCUACAACCCUUGAACAUCAUGUACAGGAGGUACACAAGAAUACAGAGGAAGACCAAGCAGUAGAUCAAGACAUUGAUAUGACUGACUGCCAGUCUGAAGGGACCAGCAGCUCUGAUUCUAUGCAUUCAGAUGAUACCCUAGGGACAGCAGCAGCAGAUGAAAAGGAUGACCAAUCUGAAGAAACGAAUGAUGACUUGUCCAAAAUUUUGAACGUUAUAGACCAAGCAAUUGUGACCUUUGAAGAGCUUUGA